AUGCCUGUGUUAACCGAAUACUCUGCAGCGUCGCGGGAACUGCGUGUGCUUCCCUCGUUCGCAGCUCCAUUACCACGUCUCUCUCCUCCCUUUACUCGGGUUGGACAGACAGAGAAGUAUGAAGUGCUCAUCGUUGGUGCUGGUCCUGCGGGGCUUAUGCUAAAUUUACUUCUGGCGCGAUACGGACUAAGCGAUGAAUCUUUGUUAUGUGUUGACGCGAAGCCCGGGACCCUCAAAUCAGGCCAAGCCGACGGCCUACAACCUCGUACGCUGGAAGUACUGAAGUCUCUCGGUAUUGUGGAUGAAAUCCUCAAUGACGGGUGUCAUAUGGAAGAGGUGGCAUUCUGGAACCCUUCCGCGAAUAAAGAGGAGAUAAUCGAGAGAACCUCGAUCAUUCCAGAUGUCGCGGUUCCAGCGCGGUAUCAGCAUGAAGUGACUAUCCACCAAGGCCGAAUUGAGCGGAUCCUAGAGACAGAUCUAUUGCGAUAUUCUAAGCGCGGCAUUCAGCGAAACACCAAGCUUCUCGAUGCUAGGAUCGAUGAAGCUGGAGACCCUGAGUUCCCUGUUGUUGCCGACCUGGAUACUGACGGGCGGCGGACAACGGUGCGCGCGAAGCACCUGGUUGGUGCCGAUGGUGCACAUUCGAUGGUCCGGCGCUGCAUGGGACUGCGGUUGGUGGGCGAAUCAAUGGACCAUAUCUGGGGCGUAGUUGAUCUGGUUGUAGAUACCGACUUCCCGGAUAUCAGGAGGCGGUGCGCUAUACAUUCGCCGGCGGGUUCGGUCAUGGUCAUUCCGCGCGAGCGCAUUGCUACCGGUGACUACCUGACUCGUCUUUAUGUCCAAGUGCCGGAGGAAACUAUGCCGGACCCUGACCAGAUUCCCGUCGAUGGGACAGCCACUCCAAAAGUGGACGCCCGGGCCCGGAGAGGUAAGGUUACCUUAGAAAGCAUUUUUCAAUAUGCAGAAGAUGCUUUCAAACCGUUUUAUAUAAGGCCCAAGGAGAAUGGGGCGGUGGACUGGUGGGCAGCAUACCAGAUCGGCCAGCGAGUAUCGAAUAAUUUUACAGUAAAAGAUUCCAAGGGAAUAAAUAGGGUCUUCAUCGUAGGAGACGCUUGUCAUACUCACAGUCCUAAGGCUGGACAGGGCAUGAAUGUUUCCAUGAUGGACUCUUACAACUUGGCAUGGAAGCUGGCUUAUUCCAUCAAUGGCAUCACCCCCGAUUCCGCAAUACCUGAAAGACCAGAUUCACUUUUAGACACAUAUCAUGUAGAGCGACACACUGUUGCUCAGGAACUCAUUGAAUUUGACCGGGCGUUUUCGUCCAUGUUCUCAGGCAAAAUCGGGUCGGGCGAGGAUGGCGUGGAAGGUCUAACUCACGACCAAUUUCUCAAAGUAUUCAGCACUGGGAAUGGGUUUACUAGUGGCUGUGGCAUUGAAUACCCGGAGAAUUUGACUGUGGAGAAGAUAUCGGAACAGGAUAUUAGAAACCCAAUCACUGGUAUAGACUAUCUCUCAGACAUGCCGAUGGGAACCGGCGUCAUCUGCAAGACGGGUAUUUCUGCUAAGGUGUUGACAAGCCUUGGAGUCUCUAUUCUGCCACACUUCCCAGCAUCCACAGUUGAGCAGGUGGUUAUCUACCCUCGUCUUGGUAAGACAUUCACAUGGCGCGAUAUACCCCAUGAGCUCAAGAAGCACUCCGAGAUGCGGUUCCACAGCGGUUACGAAUUAGACGACGUGUAUAAGAUCUACGGUGUGGAUCCAAGUCGGGGGGCCCUGGCUGUGGUUCGGCCAGAUGGAUAUGUUGGAAUGAUUGCCGCGUUAGAAGAUGUCUCAUGGAAUGGUCCUGAUGACCCCGACAAUCCCAAGAACUGGCCAACGAGGAAAAAGUGGGGAGCUGUUCUGAUUGUUUCCUGCUUCACAUUUAUCUCCCCUGUGAUGUCGUCUAUGGUUGCACCCGCAUUGCAAACCAUGAAAUCUGACUUCAAUAUUCAAGAUGAAGUGGUAUCUCAACUCAUGUUGUCCAUUUUCGUCCUGGCCUACGCAUUUGGACCGCUCUUCCUUGGACCUCUGUCCGAGAUCUACGGCAGAGUCAUUGUAUUGCAACUUGCAAAUCUGUUCUUCCUAAUCUUUAAUAUCGCCUGUGGUGUAUCACAAACUUCUGCGCAAAUGAUUGUUUUUCGCUUUCUGGCAGGGCUAGGUGGCAGUGCUCCUUUAGCCAUAGGUGGUGGUGUUCUUUCUGACUGCUUCACACCAGAGGAACGCGGUAAGAGUAUCGCGAUCUACAGCUUAGCGCCUCUCCUUGGGCCAGCUGUCGGCCCGAUUGCCGGCGGUUUUAUCGCAGAAAGGACAACAUGGAGAUGGGUAUUCUACGCCACAUCCAUCGCCGACGGUAUUAUUCAAAUCCUGGGCGUUUUCUUCUUGCGCGAGACAUACGCCCCAAAGAUCCUUAGGAUACGAGCGAAAAAGAUGCGCGAAGAAACAGGAGAUUUAUCAUUCCAGACCGAAGCUGAGCGACAGAACAAGACUUUGCCUGAGGUCCUGCGCACAGCACUCAUCCGACCUUUCCGCCUUCUCACCACGCAACCCAUCGUUCAAGCCCUUGCUAUCUACAUGGCUUACGUCUACGGAAUUCUCUAUUUGAUGUCCUCGACAUUUCCCGUCCUAUGGACUAGCCCGGAGUACUAUAAUGAAUCCAUCGGCAUUGGCGGCCUAAACUAUAUUUCUCUUGGAAUAGGCUAUUGUCUAGGCUCACAGAUCUGCGCACGUCUCAAUGACAUUGUCUACCGCCGUCUCAAAACCCGUAAUAACGGUACAGGGAAGCCUGAAUUCCGUACACCCUUACUAGCCAUUGCCGCCAUUCUUAACCCAGUCGGCCUUUUCAUCUACGGCUGGACCGCGCAAACCCACCGUCACUGGAUCGCUCCAAAUAUCGGUGCUCUCCUCCUGGCCAUGGGCAAUAUAGUCGCCAUGCAGUGUAUUCAGACCUACAUCGUUGAUGCAUAUACACGGUUUGCAGCCAGUGCGAUGGCCGCUGGUUCAUUCUUACGAUCCAUCGCUGGGUUUGCAUUUCCGCUUUUCGCGCCGUACAUGUACCAGACGUUGCAUUACGGAUGGGGGAAUAGUUUGUUGGCGUUCAUCUCGAUUGCAAUUGGUAUUCCGGCGCCGAUUUUCUUGUGGAAAUAUGGGGAGGCGAUGAGGAAGAUGAGUACUUAUGCUGCGGGAUAG